CCGCAGCUUAGCUUAGCUUCCUCUUCCUCCUUUGUAGGACCCUGAGAGAGCCCGGACAAUAUCGUCAUGCGCAAUUCUUCACAUGGAGGUCAAUUACAGCUUCUCUGUAGCCGGAUUUUCCUCCUCUUCUCCGUGCUUGCGAGAUUGGCUUGUGCCACUACUGGCCAAGAGCCUCUUGCGCCAAUAAAGAAGACGGUCUACGCACCUGGCCAGGCAAUUCCGGUGGAAUGCCUGAAUCGAACAAUUGAUACUGGUGAACAGAUCUCUGACUCCCGAGGUCAACUACAAUACGUUCCCCUACCAGUAUGCAAUGAAACCGGACGUCCACUGGAGCUUUAUUUUGGCGUGGAGCAUGAGGUCAAUUGCACCAUCCCCUUCAUCACGGACGAAUUCUUUCACCAACUGGAAUUCUACGUGCACAACGACGCGCCACUGACAUGCCGGAUCCCCACGCGGCCCUUGCCCGGUCUCGAUAGCGAGCGCGAGAUCUCCUCCCCAUCCUCUUCAUCCUCUUCUGGUGGCUCAUCAUCAUCAUCUACUUCGUCCGCAGACGAUACAUACACGCCUCUCAUAAUCGCACUGACGGGCACGCUGCAACUCUCACACCUCCACAUUGCCACGAACCUGAACAUCCUCAUCCACGCAGCCCCGCGAUCCGUUGCGCCUGGAACCAUUGACGCCGCUACCGCGUAUUCCAUCUCUCAUCAUUCGCGGGUCACUCGGGUCAUUAUCGGCGACCCGCUCCCGCUGCGACUCAGUGUGCGGUGGUAUCCCAAUACGGCCCUGCCGAGCGGCUGGUCUGGCGUCGGCGGCCAUCUCUAUCUCAGUACGGUCGUGUACUGCUUGCUCAGCGCCGGCGCUGCGGUAGCCGUCUGUGUCGCGUAUUUCCGUGGCGUCGAAUUUCCGCGCCGUCUGCGCUCCCAUGGUCGUGAGCGUCUGGGAGGCGGCGCGGAGGGUUUCGGCGGUAGCGGUGUCGGCCGAAUGUACGGCGGCUACGGAUACGGUAUGAGCACAGUGUAUAAUGGUACGGGAACGAGUAAUGGGUUUGGAAAGCGCGAUUGAGCUAAGCGGAGGGUUUUUGAUAUGGUGCAGCAUCUUUUCCACCCUUUGGUAUUCAACGAGAGAGAAAUGGAUUUUUUAGAGGUGAGCUUUGGAUAAGGCUUCAAAGCGCGAAGGCUCAUGUAUUUUACGACCCCAUCUAUUUUCAAUUUUGGGCCUCUUUUUGUGCUACCAGCAGAAUUUUCGGCAUAUACCCUUACAUCAUCAGGAAAUUGGAAUUGCUUAACAAAAUCUUGAUUUAUUUUGUCCCGAG